AUGGCCGACCUCCCACCCCCCUCCACCCUGUCGACUCUCCCCUACGAUGCACAACUACGGGUGCUGGACACCCUCUUCGAGCCGUCGCCCGAGCUGCACCAGCUGAUGCAGCCCGUGCUGGCUGGCCAGUCCUUCAACUCCUACUCCGCGCUUAUCGACGCCGUGGGCGGGCGCAUGUCUGCGCUGUCCGCAGAUAACUCACCCACCGAUCGCAAAGUACUCGUUGGCAUUCUCGGCUCACAUCCGCGACUGGGCCGGGCGCCGGCCAACCCGGAACACCUGAGCGAGCUGAGCAAGAAGGAACAGGCGCAAUUGAACACUGGGGCCGAGGAACAGGCAGAAAAGCUACGCGCAUUGAAUGCAGAAUACGAGGAGAAAUUCCCGGGGCUGCGAUUUGUGUCCUUUGUCAACGGCCGCAGUCGCGAGAUGAUCAUGGUCGAGAUGCGCCAGCGCAUUGACCGGGGCGACGGCGAGCGCGAAAUCGCCGAAACUAUCCAGGCAAUGUGCGAUAUCGCCAAAGACCGCGCGGGAAAGCUGCAGGCGAGGAUGUAG